AUGCGCUCGAUUCCACUACCCAGAACCCCGCGAGAGCGGCCUCAGCCCAUCGAAAACCGCGGCUCGAUGCUGAGAGCGUCAAUCCUAGAGAGCGCCCUAGAGCUUGGCGUAGGUGGGAGCGGGAGUGCCGUUGCGAGGUGGAUGUUCAGCCCUGUAGAGGAGGGCGACGAGGACGUCGAUGCAGAGACGGAGGCAUCUCCGAGCUUAACCUACGCAUCGACUGCCACUUCCGAUGAUUCCUUUCUCUCCAACACUCUUUCUCCACGAAUCCAGCCCGGCGCUGGUAUACUACUCCAACAGGUGAAACCACCUAACCCGGCAGGUCUCGUCCCUCCUUCCUACUACGCAUCCCGCGAAGGUCUUUCUCCUAUCAAUGAGGGUGUGCAACACAUACAGUUCGACCUCAGCGCGUCGCCCGAGCCUCGAGUUGUUUCGCCAAUACCACCGACUGGGUUGGGUAGCAGAUUUCGCAAACUCCGGCUUAAUGCUAACGGAGACGAAAGCGACGGAGGAUACAUCAGCGACGCAGGCAAAGGCAAGAAGGACAAGAAGAAAAAGAGCAAGAAAGAGAAGGGUGACGGGAAUGGGACCGAGUACGAGAGCGACGGCGGCUAUUUCUCAGAGGCGAGUCGGACGCAGCGCAAGAAGUUGAAGAAGGACAAGAAAGCUGCAAAGGAGAAGGCAGCUGAGUCGCCGACCACAGACUACGAGACGGACGGUGGUGGAGUCGGUCGCGCGAAGACCAAGAAGACGCGCAGCCGAAAGGCCUCAGUCAUGUCUGCUGGCACUGGCGACGAUAGCGACGGCGGGAACGUGUCAGAGUCGUCAGCGAAGAAGAAGGGCUUCUUCCGCCGAUCGCGCAAGAAACGCGACGCGGACGACUCGCCCGCCCAGGAAGUCCCACCGGUACCCUCGCUGCCCGCUGACAUGAAGCCUCUCCCUAUCGCCGGCCGCUACCUGCGAAGCCCAACACCGAAUAUGUCGGAGCUGUCGCGCAUCGUUUCCGACACGUCUCAGAGGUCGUCGGAUAUGUCGCGCACAACGACCGAAACGUCACGUACGAUGUCAGAGUUUUCGCGCGCGACGUUCGAAACAUCACGUACUGCCACUCCCGUGAUCAACACUCCCGACGAGGCCAGUUUGAUAUCUUACGCGUCGACGGACCCUGACGCGGGAUCGAUCAUCGCGCGCGAAGGACUCACAAAGGCAUUCGGGGACGCGAAGUCCAUACACAGGCCCAGUUACGACGUGCUUGCGACUUUCCGAAAUCAGUCGCCAACGCCCAAUCAGCCGGAGGACUCACAUGGUGCAUUGUCUCCGACGUCCCAUCCCUUCGGGCGGGUGUUUAACUCACCUAACCAGUCGCCCAGUAACAGUCCCUCGAAGUCGAAGAACGCAAAACCUGUCAUCUCCGCUCCCAACACCGCCAUGCUGAAUGCGAAACACGUCCCGGCACCCCUGGUGCUCAGCUCGCCAACGUCCGUCCGCUCACAAGUCGCUCAGCAAUAUACACCCGGAUCGGACUACAUCAUGGUCACUCCGCAGGCCACAUCCAUGCCUAGUCAGACAGUGCAGCACCAAGAAUCAGAAGCAGCGCGACCCGAUUCCGAUAUCUUCCUCCCUUCGCCAAAUCGGAGAGGAUUCAAUGACAACGGCCCGCCGAGUCCGACAACUAGCCAGUCUUCUCUGCGCCCGCAAGUGCUUGCGUACUACAACAUCCCUCCACCGACCCCGCCGCCACAGGGUCCACUCCCAGACGUGCCCCCGGAGCCACCGAGGGCGUACUUCGCUGCGUCUACAGAGCUCUCACGCACCGUGUCUGCAGACGAUGCGCGCGCACGCAGCCCAUUUGCUCGAUCACCUCUUUCCGCGAGCCGAGCGAAUCCACCAACUCGCGCGCUCCCGCUCACGCCGGUGUCUGCGCCCAUGCAUUCUGCACGGUCAGCAUCAGAGUCGGACGCACGGUCGCCGUCGCCCCCAGAGGGCACACUGUCCGUGCCAAUCAUCUCCGAACCGGUCCCUCGCGGCCAGCGCGGACGCACUUCACCGUUUCCUACGUCACCCGUGCUGCCUGCGCGGGCCCUGUCGCCCGUGUUCUCGCGCUCCGAGUCGCCUAUGACACCGGUGAGUGCGGGCCCAGCCAUGAGUUCUCGUGCAGAGCGAAUGGGCCGCUUCAUCGGGAACAAGCCUUCGUCUGCAGAUGGGUACGCAUCGUCGAGUGGCUGGCGCGAUCCCGCACGCCUCGAUGUGCAGUGGGCGCCGCGUUCGAAUUCUGCACUUGAACAGCGGAGACCAGACGCGUUCGAUGCGCCGCCGGUGAGAAAGAAGGUCUCCUUCGAGGACGAGAGGCCGUCCAUGGACGAGCCCGAGGACGAGCUCGUGUACGCCGGGGAGCGCUCGGAGCUGCACAUGGGCGACGAGUCGGACAUGGAGGACGAAACGGAGCCAGUCGUGGACGACGACCGCUCGGUCUACCCAGAAGACGACGAUCGCUCGCACUACGGGGACUCGCGCCCAGGCACGAUGUACUCCGAGGGCGAGGGCGGCGACCGGUACAGCAUGUGGAGCCAGUCGGACGGGCGGCGGAGCUUCUUCGACGAGGACAAGAGCGCGGCGACGCGUGACCGGUUCGUGAAGCAGGUCGAGAAGAUGUACGGCGAGUACAAGGUCCCGCCCGUGCCCACGCUGAAUACACGACAGCUGAAAGGCGGCGUCGUCGGGUGA